CGCAUCCCCUCAGUCCGCCGCACCAGCGAGUCUCGCUUGCGAAAAAAAAGGAGGCGGCGGCGCAGCGCAUCUGCCUGAGGCACACCAGCGACGGCGACGAACCGGUGGCAGCGGUGAGCAGACGAGGGCGACAACGCACGGUGGCGGCGCACGACGGCGGAGGCUCACAGCGGCAGCGCACGGCGGCGGAAGCUCGAGGAAGCCGGUCCCUAUCCCCCAGCACCACAAGGCAUGGCUGAAAAUGUGCCAUCGAAGAGUGUUAAAAUGCCAAUUGACUAUGCUGAUUGGAAUGACUACAACACUAGAGUUGUGUGUGAGAUUUUUGCUGAUCAAGUAGUUGCGGGUAAUCGUCCAAAUACCCAUUUAUCCAAUUCUGGGUAUGACGAAGUCAUUGAGCAAUUUGCCUCAAAGACAGGGCUGAGGUACACUAGGCUUCAAAUUAAGAACAAAUGGGAUAAACUUAGGAUUGAGUACAAUUGUUGGAAGAAGUUGAAAUCUCAAACAGGUUUGGGAUGGGAUGACGCAAGGCAAACCGUCACAGCUACAGCAGCACGUUGGAAACAACUUAAAGAAGAUAUAGCAGGCUGCCUCAAAUUUAGAAAGGCCGGCUUGCAAAAUGAGGAGUUACUUGAGAAGAUGUUUGAAGACAUUCGCAAUACCGGUGCCGACCAUUGGUCUUUAGGGCAAGGCACCAUACCAUCAGCCACCACUAAUGGCACUAUUCAAAUUGCCGAUGUCAAUGAGAUUGACGAUGAGACGGAUGAAGAUGAACCAAGCGCAAAGAGAAAGAGAGGAGAUAGCUCGAAGGUGGAUAAGCUGAAAAAAACAAAGAGUGGAUCCCAAAAGAUGGUGGAGGAGAUGUCAAAGAGUAACGAGCUCUCUGCACAAACUUUAUCAUCCAUUCAAUCAUUCACUAAAAUAAGAGAGGAUCCACCGGGUUGUUCUAUAAAGGAUGUUAUGACCUUGGUGGAGGAGUGUGGUGCUGUUGAAGGGACAAAUGAACACUUCAUUGCAACUGAAAUUUUCAUCAAGAAGGAUCAAAGAGAGAUGUUUGUUAAUUCAUUGCGCACUCCUGCAGGACGCUUUGCAUGGCUUAAGAAGAAGUAUGAUGUGAAGUAUGGAAAUUAGAUGAAUGCAAUGUGGCCAUGAAAUGUAUCACUUUAAUUUAGUUGUCAUUUAAUUUCAGAACUAUCUACUGAAGAGACAUGUUUGUAUGGGUUAUUUGAUUUUCAGUUCUGAACUAUUAUUGGAUUGUAUCACCUUGUUGUAUGGGUUCUGAACUACUAUUUUCAGACCUAUGUCAUGUAAUCUUGUUGGAUUAUUUUCAUAUAUAUGUCAUGCACUAUUAUUGAAUUAUUUUCAGAUAUAUAUCUCUUGGAUUAUUUUCAUAUGUAUGGCAUGCAGUACUGUUCGAUUAAUUGUAGAUAUGCAGUACUAUUCUAAUUGAUUUUGUAUGUCUCCCUUUGUAGAUGUCAAGUGAGAGUGAAGAUGGUUCAUCAGAUGAAGAAUAUGAUUGUGAUUUGCUUGCCAUGCAAUUGUUUGAAACUGUGACAAGCAAUAUUUCUUCAACUCGAAGAAUGGCAGAGAGUUAUCACUCUCUCUACAUGAAUAAGGCUGCGCCUAGGACAUCAAGACUUAGUGGAAUGGGAUGGGUGCAAGAAACUUUGGCCACACCAGGUGAAUGCUAUAGGAUGCUUCGCAUGAAUGGCAACACCUUUCUUGCAUUACAUGAUCUUUUGGUUGAUAAAUAUAAGUUGGCACCUACUGUGCACAUGCAUACAAUGGAGGCACUUGCAAUUUUUUUGUACAUUCUAGGUGAUGGUUCAUCAAACCAAAGGGCACAAAACUGUUUCAAGCAUUCUGGUGAGACAAUAUCAAGAAAAAUUGAAGAAGUAUUGUUUGCUGUUGUGGAGUUGGGACGUGAUAUUGUUCGUCCAAAGGAUCCAAACUUUUCUAAUGUCCAUGAGAGAAUUAGGAAGGAUCGUCGUAUGUGGCCACACUUCAAAGAUUGUAUUGGGGCGGUUGAUGGUACUCAUAUCCUUGCAGUUGUUCCAGAUGAUGAUAAGAUUAGAUAUAUUGGUAGAUCAAAAUCAACCACUCAGAAUGUGAUGGCUAUUUGUGACCAUGAUAUGAGAUUUACCUAUGCAUCUAUUGGACAACCUGGCUCGAUGCAUGACACAACCGUGCUAUUUAAUGCAUUGAGAACCGAUAUAGAUAUCUUUCCCCAUCCUCCCCAAGGAAAAUAUUAUCUUGUCGAUGCCGGCUAUCCAAAUCGUCCUGGGUACUUGGCACCAUAUAAGGGACAAAGGUACCAUGUCCCGGAAUUUCGAAGAGGUUCAGCACCAAGUGGAGUGAAGGAAAAAUUCAAUUUCUUACACUGUAGCGUGCGCACUAUAAUUGAGAGAUGCUUUGGUGUAUGGAAGAUGAAGUGGCGAGUUCUCCUCAAAAUGCCUAGCUUCCCAUUGUGGAAACAAAAAAUGGUUGUGGCGGCAACAAUGGCAUUGCAUAAUUUUAUUCGUGACCAUAAUGCUCCGGAUAGGCAUUUUCAUAGGUUUGAAAGGAAUCCGGAUUAUGUGCCUACCAUUCCAUCUAGAUUUAGGAGAUAUGUCAUUUCUCAAGAUGCAUCGGAUACAUCUACCGAGGGUCAAAGUGAUGUAUCCAUGGAUGCAUUUCGUGAUGACCUAGCCGGCCGUAUCGCAGGAUGAUGGCUUUUCUACUCUUUUGGUCUAUUGCAGGAUGAUGGCUGUUCUACUCUUUUGGUCUAUGUUUAGAUGACAAUGCUACCGGUUAUUAUUUCUAAACAUUUGUAUUAUUACAUAUAUGUCAUGCACCAACUAGAACUUUAUCAAUUUUAUUUUAAUUAAAUUUUAACCUUCCAUAUUAGUGUUCAAAUAUUAAGGAGAAAUAACUGUUAUUAAUCCUACGUCAAAUAAACAAGAAAACAAUAAGGGUAGUAUUGUCUAUCUCCCCCUUAUCAUCUCUUUCAGAAUUUCUGGAGCUGAGCAGGCUUGCCAAACGCUUUCAGGAGUAUCUCUAGCUCCAACAGGAGCUAGCUCCCACUGGAGUUGGAGUUUGGAGCUAGG